GUGGCCUUGUUGCUCAACAAUCUAUGCGCAGCAGACAAACGGCAGCGGAGAAACCGAACCGGAUCAGUGCUUCACUAGUGAAAUCGCUGAUUGAUUAUUUAUUGGAUAAAUCAUUGCGUGAAAAUUAUGGAAAAUAAAAAGUUUGUCGUCUUGUGUACAGUUUCUUUGACGUUUUUGUUGAGUAUAGCUACGGUUUCAGCCUUCGUUGAAGAGCUCGAUGACACGUUUAAAGACACACGAAUGCCUGAUGAGAUAUGGCUUAUACAAUUCUACGCUCCCUGGUGUACCUAUUGCAAGCAGCUGGACCCAGUGUGGUAUGAAAUCGGGGCUGAGCUGAAAAGUAUGGGGUCUCCAGUCAACGUGGGCAAGGUCGACGCCACAGCCCACACCAAUUUUGCAAAAGAGUUUCGAGUUGGAGGCUAUCCUGCUAUAAAGUUGUUGAAGGAUGACUUGAAAUACAACUACAGAGGUCCUAGAACCAAGGAUGGCAUAAUGGAGUUUGCAGACAGAGUAUCUGGACCUGUGGUGAGAGCACUGCCAAGUCAGCAGUUAUUUCAGAAUGUUAUGAGUAGACAUGAUGUUCUCUUUGUAUACGUUGGUGGACCGUCCGACUUGAAGGAGAAGUACAUAUCUGUGGCCAAGGAACUGAUUGUGCAUACUUACUUCUUCUCUGCUGCAAGGAACAUUUUACCCAAGGCAGUUACUCUCCAGGAAUACCCGGCUGUGGCAGUGUUCAAGGAUGGCACUUACUUCCUUUAUGAUGAACAACAUGAUGGGGACCUCGCAUCCUGGAUCAAUAGUGAACGAUUCCUUAAUUACCUCCAGAUUGACAGCUACACUUUGUAUGAAAUGGGAGAUACAAGCAAACUGGUGGCUCUGGCUAUAGUGGAUGAGAGAAACCCUACUGAGGAGAGCAUCCGUUACAAGACCAUGGUGGAAAGAGUGGCCACUGAAUACAAGGACCUCUAUAGCAAAGAAUUCCAGUUUGGUCACAUGGACGGAAACGAGUACAUCAAUGGCCUCAUCAUGGAAGAACUGGCCAUGCCCUCUAUUAUCGUGCUCAACGUGUCUAACGAUGGAUAUUUCCUACCGCCCAACAAAGUGGAGACAAAGGAACAGCUGGUGAAGUUCAUCGAUGGAGUGUCGAAGGGCCGGAUUAAAUCCCAGGGAGGGAAUGGAUACUAUCAAUGCUUUAUAAGGAUAGCGUUCAACACCAAAACGACUGUUACAAAUAUAUUUACCAAUGCGCCCCUUUUGGGUGCCUUCCUCGUCGUUGUUUUCUGCGGCGGCGGAAGUGCCUUGUGUUACGGCCUAUGCAUGGCCUGGCGCUCAAUGAGAAACACAGAGUCGAUGAGAGACACAGAGGACGAGGAACCAAUAACUGGGGAGAGGGUGGAGCAAAAGCAGCUCAAAGGUCCUGGGGAAGACAAGAAGACUGAGACGAAAGCGAAGAAUCCGGCAGAGAAGAAGGCCGAUUAAGUAUGAAGUGGUAUGAAGUAUGACGUUUUUUGAAUUGAAAUGCCCUCGUGGCCAUGUCUCCCUCAUAAAAUACGUAGGCAUUCUGACCUCAAUAGGACUUCCUGGAUAAAUAAAGGUUAAAUAAAAAGUUAACUAAAAUAAACCCCUACCCCUUAGCCCCUCUUGUGUAUAUAAGAAAAUGGGAUAGGUUUAAAUAAGCAAUAUGGUAAUAACUUUAAUUGCCUUCCUAUAGACUGUGUGGCGUUUUCGCCAUAUUGCUUCAACGUACCCUAGGGAGGAGGUACUAGGGGUCAAUUGGCGAUUCAGGCUGAGUAGUUAUCCUGAGUAUGUUCAGCGAUACUUGAAUUUCUACGUCAUUAAUCAUUUUCUAAGAAGUUAUUGGGGUUUUGUUGCAUCACUCCAAACUCUUUUAUUUAUUUGAUUUGGACUUUUUUUUAUCAUAUAUAUUUUUAUUUGAAACAUUCAUUAAUGAAUUAAUGUCAAUUCAAUGUUGUUGAAGACAUUGAAUUGUAGGGCCUAUAUAAACCGGAAAUGUCUUUACAGUGGGUUACAGGAGACGAAUUCAGUGAAAAUGUUCUAUUUUGUUCCACUGUGGUGUUAGUUUUUUAGCACCAUCAAUAAACCCAGCAAACAAUUCUAGGUAGAGAACAUUUUUGUGAUGUUACUUGUCAUGUUCUCCUGAUUGUAUCCAGUUUGUGCCCACUUUUCUGUUAGUUAGGGGAACAUUCUAUGUAUGCUAGCAAAAAUUCCUGAGAACCUAUUUAGCAUGUUUUGGCGUUACAGAUUAAAUGUGAUGCCAUGUUCUCAGAAAAUCCUAUAUUAAAGAGCAAUUUCACUUUUCAACUUAAUUUUAAUUAUCUAGCACAAUACCAGCGACUACAUAUGUGAAAAGGGAGCAUUUCUACAUUUUGUAGAAAGAAAUAUAAAGUUAACAAGUUCUACACGAUAAUAUCAUCAAAACAGUGAUUUUCAAACACUAUGAAAUUCGUGGGUAGCAAGAAUUGGGGGAGCAAGAAAAUAUUGGCUAGAAACUUGUUGCAAGUUUUGAAAACCACUUUUAAUCCUACCCUGUGAUGUCACAGAGAAGCGUUUUUUUAACGUCCUUUUCUUUUUAACCACAGAUCAUAGAAAUGUGCAGUUUUCGUAUUACGUAGACACCGGUAUGGUGCUGGAGAUAAUGAAUAUGAGGCUGAAAGUGGUGGAAUUGCCCAUUAAUGUUCUAGACACAUUUCAUUGGAACUUUCCCAAGUCCAGUUUUCUGAGGGUUAGGAGAAUAUUCCAUCAAAGUCCCACCAAACAUACACAGAACAUGGUUGCCAUGACUGUUCUCAGAAUAUAGAUAUUAAUCCAGGCCACCAAAGCUUUUAAUUGAGUGGCCCAAAAGUAAUUUUUUAAAUUGGGUAAGCCCAGGCCACCUUUGUCUUUGGGUUUUAAAAGAAAGCACUUUGAGUCUCGCUCUAGGUCUCUUGUUUUGCCAUAUGAAUUUGGAAAUAAGCUUAUGAAACAGCUUGAAGGUAGACACAGGGACUAGAAUGGGUAAUGCAUGAAAUGGAAUGAGCAAUCUGGGCAACAUAUUCAUUCUUACCAUUUCCACCCUACCAAUUAAAGAAAGUGGCAGAUCUUCCCAAAUCUGUCUUAAUCUGUGAGAUCAGUUUAGUAUAGUUUCCUGAGUAAAGCUGUGAUGCGCAGGGUGUUAGAAAAUAAUAUGCAAAUAUCUAAACCCUUGUCUAGACCAAUGAAAGGACACAUCUUUAUUCAACUGAGAGGGCCAAUUUCCUGAAAUCAUCAUAGCUUCUGACUUUGCUUCACUGACUUUAUACCUAGGCUGUUCUUCAAAGCACCUCAAACCGUGGAAGAGUUUAGGGAUAGAGGAUAAAGGGAUUUUUUAAAUACAGCAAAAUAUCAUAUGCAAAGAGGGAUAUCUUGUGUGUCACACCUUCAUCCACUAUACCUUAAAUUUGUGGGUUCAUCAUCAUUUCUGCCAGUGGCUCAAUAUUUAGAGAAAAUUAUGCUAGUUUCUUUUUUCAGCCUGAAGAAUUGUGAGCUGUAACCUUUCAAUGGCCUGAAUCCCAUACUCAAUAGUGUUUGUUUUAGGUAUAACCAAUCAACUAUAAUGCACAAAAUCCAUUUAAGCUGAGAUGUAUUAAAUGUUUGUUGUCUACCCUU